AUGUUAGCAAGUCAGAGGAACAAGUGUCGGGAGUUCACCGAACCAACACUGCUUGGUGUUACCCCGAGGGCAAGAGCCCAGGUUUCUCGGCCACGAGAUCUCUUCAUCCGGACAAGGCGGCAGCAGGAGGCUGCCCGGGACAAAGUGCUAGACUACACCCAGUCCCAGAAAAGAUGCAGCGUGAUGACUCAAUGGGAGAAGAGCACCAAUCAUCGUUUUGUGCUCAGAACCGUCAAGAGGCGCAUCCAGGAGACCAUGAACCGGUACAACAUGAGCAUCGAGGAACGGAAGGAGAGGCUGAGGGAGAUGCUGGAGGUGGAGGAAAAGGAACUGCUGAUGGAGAUGGAGGCGAAAAAGGAGACAGUGAUGGAUAAGGAGGCCAAGAUGCGGGAGCAAGCCAAAAUUGUGCGGAAGAGGCGAGAAGGCGAGAGGGCGAGAGUGGUGGCCGACAAGCUAGAUCAACUCUUCAGGGAGCAGAGCGAGGAGCUGAGAAUUGCGAAGAUGCAGGAGCGACGGGAUAUGGUCUGCGCAGAGCGAGCGGUUCAGUUGCGAAAUCGUGAGGAGGCAAAGCAGCAGCAACUGGAGGAUGAGCGCCUCUUUGCUCAACUUUGGGAGGCAGACCGAAAGGCCAAGGAGAAGCGGGAAGAACGGGAGGUGCAGCAACAGCAGAGAGCCAACAGAAAGCAGCAGGAUUUCCUGCGUGUCCAGAUGGAGGAAGCAGAAGAAAAGCGGGUUCAGACCUGGCAGCUGAAAGAGGAAGAAGCACAGCUGCAGCGGCAGCAGCGGGAGAUGCUCCGUCUAGAAGAGGAACGAGAGCACCGCGGCAAACUGCUGGGCCAGGAACGCACGCGCAGACAGCUGAACCAUGGGUUGCGGCUAAAGAUGAAACGCCUGGCCAAGGAGCACCAGGAGGAACUGGCCUUGGAUCUGAGCAUCCUGGAGGAACUUCAGCAGAAGCACAGGGAUGAGAGUCACGACCAGGAGCAGAGGAAGCUGGAGCUGCAGCAGGAGCAGCGAAAAUACCGACAGUAUCUGGCUGAACGGCUGGAGGAGCAGAAGCGUCAGGAAGCGGAGAUAGAACUGCUGAUAGAGGAAGAGCUAGAACGCACCUGGGCUAAAAGAGCGGAGCAGAGCCGCCUGGAGCGGGAGGCCCGGGACCGACUCAUGAAAGAAGUGUUGGACAUCCGACGUCUACAGAUCCAGGAUAAGUUGGAUCAGAACAUCCAGAAACAAGCUGAGCUGGCACAGGAGGAAGAGGAACUGAACAAAAUUAUCCAGCAGCACAAAGAGCUGGAGGAGGAGGAGAAAAACAGCCUUAAACGGGCCCGUGAGCAGUACCGAGCGGACCUGCUCUCCCAGAUGCAGUACCAGCAGCGGAUACGGGAUAUGGAGCAAUCUGAGCUGGAGCACGAGUUCCAGCAGGGCUUAGUUUUCCAGGAGAAGUACAACAGCAGGCUGCAGGAGGCUCUCACUCAACCAAGCUCCCACCCAGGGAGGGACCAUCCCUUCAGGACGACGAUGGGCCGCUUCACAAGCUCUGGGCAACGAUCUAGUCAGGACUGAGAAGUUCACGUUGCAC